GAUGAAUCAAGAGAAAGAGCAGCAAUCAUACUAUAAAAUACUUUUUAGGUCGGGUUGGACGGGAAAUUAUUUAGCUUUCGUUCAUGACGUAAGGACCAAAAUGCAUUCAGCCUUAAUGUCAUCAUCUAGCGAAAAACACGUUCACAGUUCUGCCCUAUUCCUAACAAGAACAAUAUUAUAGCUGCGUCAAACGAACGAUAAUAAGAAAUGAGUUUUGAAAAGCCAAAGAAUUCUGAAAAAAUGUUUUUAUUAGAUAAAACGAAGAGUUUCGUUACCAUUUCCUGACAUUAUAACAACGAUGUCGUAUUCUGAAUUUCCAAGAAAACGGAAAUUCUGCGUGGAUCUCAGCCAAAAUGUUUUCAAAGGAGGUCUGCAGGUGGCUUUCAAUUAAGUUUCAAAAAGAGCAUCGUGUUUCAUAGUUCCUCUCUCAAUACAAGUCAAGUUCAAUUUAAAGUCAAUUUGCUUCCAUAGGUCUCUUUAUCGAUUUUGAAAAGUGAAGGAAGACUGCGAUACUCACUCAGGCAAGUUCAUAGCAUAGGAGAAGUACUAUGGUUCUGUUAUCAUCAUGAUAGGAUAUAGCUAAACCAAAGAUAUCAUUUUGAAAGAAUAGCGUGAAUGUUUGAAUCAGCAGAAUGAGCCGCUAAUACGUUAGGGAAUGGGUCUUAAAGGAGUCUGUUACUUUAUAUUUAAAUGUCUUUUUUUGCAUGCAUCGAGACGACGGCCGUUCGCUGUACUUAGUAAAAAACUGUUUCUGCCUUUGAGGAAUUGCAUUUAAAAAGCUUUGACAACUUCUUAUUGGGAAAAAAUAAGUGAAACUUUUGAUAAAGCUUUAGACGUACGUGCAAUGGGAUUGUUUUAGCAUCCGUGUCUUUUCGAAUUGUGCCAUAUCUCACUCUUGCUUUUUUACGUUAAGCUUUGAAUUUGUGGCAUGUAUUUCAUAUCGCUCGUCAUGCGUGUCUGCGAUAUGCCAUACUACUUGAAAAAUAGCCAAACAAUAAGUGCCUCUGCAAUUACCAUAUUCCAGUGUUUUUCUGUGGACGGCCACAUAUUUACAGUUCUGACCUAUUCGUAACAAGAACAAUAUUGUAACAGCGUCAAACAAACGAUAAUAGGAAACGAAUUUUGGAAAGCCAAAGAAUUCAAAAAAAGUUUUUUUUUUUAGAUAAAACUAAGAGUUUCGUUGCCAUUUGCUUGCAUCGAGUUUCAAAGAAAACAGAAAUUCUGCGUGAAUCUCAGCCAAAAUGUUUUUAAAGAAAGUCUGCAGGUGGUAUUAAAAGAAGUUUUAAAAAGAGCAUCGUGUUUCAUAGUUUUUUUUAAUUUAAGCAUGUUGUGGUCUGUGAACUUCCUCUUUCAAUACAAGUCAAAUUCCAUUGGAAGUCAAUUUGUUUCCAAAUGUCUCUUUGUCGAUUUUGAAAAGUGAAGGAAGACACUCAGGCAACUUCAUAGCAUAGGAGAAGUAGCUUCUGUUAUCAUCAUGAUAGGACAGAGCUAAACCAAAGAUAUCAUUUUGUGAAAUUUUUAAUACGCGUUGUCAGGGGCAGCGAACUGUGUGCCAACUGUUAAAGGAUUCUGUUACUUCAUAACACAGGGACUACGACCGUUCGCUGUACCUGGUAAAAACUGUUUCUGCCUCUGAGGAAUUGCAUUCAAAAAGCUUUGACUUCUUAUUGGAUAAAAUUAGUAAAACCUUUGAUUAAACCAUAAACGAACGCGCAGUUGGACUGUUUUAGUUUCCGUGUCUUAUCGACUAGCGCCAUAUCUCACGCUUGCUUUCUUACACCAAGUUUUAAAUUUGUCAUAUGCAUGACACAUCGCUCGACAUGCGUGUCUGCGAUAUUUCGUACCGCUUGGAAAACAGCCAAACAAUAAGUGCCUCUGCAGUUAUCGUAUUCCCCGUUUUUCCGUGGGUACACUCAAAUUUGUAUCACUAUGCUGUCAAACUUUAUGAUUUCAUUUCAGGUGAAAUUAUAUAACUACAAUGGGAGUCCAAGAGUUCUUUCAUUUACCAGUUUUCCUCUUCAUGUUGGUAUUGUCUCGCUCAGUUGUUGCUCAGUACCACUGUGAUACACGUGAAGUCUCCAUUUUUGGUAAGAUGCUUCAAAAACACAUUCUUAAAACAAUCACUGGAGCUGCAUUCAGUGAUGUGUGUUUGCGGGAGAGUUAUCGUGACGUCAGAUGCCAAAGCUUUAACUAUGUGUUCACACAAGACAAGUGUGAGCUGAGUAACCGCACAAAGGAAGCCAGGCCUGAAGAUUUUGUACCCAACACUGAGAGAUAUUACUUCAGACGAGAUAUGAAGAGAGGUGAGCAUUAAGGCAAAAUGAUUUGGCCAACUGUUUUAGAGAGGGAGAUAUCGCGUUUUUUCUUCACUUUCUCAUUUUCUAAUUUUUCUAGCUAUUCUCGGUGCCAUUCCAGAGCUGUCUGCCGACUCGUGCAAGGAGAUCAAGGCGAGUGAAGGUGGACAAGCGGUCAGCGGAAAAUACUGGCUGAAUUUCAUCAAACCUGACACUCCUGUGUUGGCUCAUUGUGACAUGAAAACCGAAGGUAGAGUAGGACAGUAAAACAGAAUGGACAUGCACUAAAAAGUAUGUCCCUCGCAUAAAAGCUAAUGGUCAGCUUUUCUCUCAGGUGCAACCCUUUUUUGUUGUUGGUCGUAAGUCUGAUCAUUUGUUGGAGGGAACACUUGGAAAAGAUUGUUACUAUUUCAAAGAAAAUUUAGAAUUUUUCUUGAUCGUAUAAGAUUUUUUCCUUGGAAACUAGUUAUGAAGCUGUAAGGAGCUUUUCUGUCAGCCCUUCCAGAGCAGAUGGCUGACUCUUAAUCUAACAGCAGAAAACUAAAAUCAACUGAAAAUAAAGUCGCAUCACCCACAAAUAAACGCCUGCGCAUUUCCAAACAUGGCGGAUCUUUUUUUAUUAAUCUUAUCUUUUAUCUUAGUUGUUUUUUUUUAUAUCUCAAUCAUGUACGGCACUAGAUGACAGCAAGAAUUGCAUAUUCAUGGAAUCUAAGUUAUUCAACGUAGGAUUUAAUAAAUCUUGACUCGUUCGCAUCCUACUAAGUAAGGUGAAUGCACUGUUCGCUUUAAUUUCCAACACCAAGCAACGAUUCAAUAUGUUAUUGGAAUGAUCUACAUAGAAACUCUUGCAGAGCCUGCUCGAUAAAGCUGUUUGAAAAUCACACCCUUGGGUUUUUUUAAUCAACUGUGACUAACUUGAUAAAAGUGGAUCUGAACAAUAAUUCGCUUAAAAUUGUCCUUCAUUAUCAAUGUAUAUUGUCGCUCUAAACGAUUUGGAUUUUCAUUAACAGAUUCUGACGAAUGUAAUGCCUCAGUUAGCGUUUGCGAUGUGAACGCUGACUGCAAAAACACUCUGGGAUCGUAUCGCUGCUCUUGCAGAGCUGGGUUUUCUGGAAAUGGACGUAGCUGCAAAGGUGGGAAGAAAUUUGAUCAAAAACGUACAUUAAUCAUUAAGCAAUGUCGUUGCAAGGUGUUGUUUCGCUGAGCUUUCUUCAACUAUUACUUUAUAAGAUCUGAAAUUGCUUCGCGUGAACAAUUUAUUCUUCAUUUAAAUGCAAAAGUUCGGUACAAAUGUGAUGAAAUCUUCGUACUGCUUUCUUUCGAUUCGAUAUUCUUUAAUUCUAUCUUGCUGCAAAGAGUUUACUUUGCACAUCAGCGAUGAGUCGGGGCUUCCAUAAUCAACCCUAGACAUUUUACACUUUAUUUUCCAAGUGUUGACCCUAUUCUCAAAAGCGUUUAUUAAGUGUGUAGCUCUCUCGGCUGAUUGUCCAAUUGAAGGUGAUAAAAUACUGGGGAAAAAGAUAAGGGCCACAGAAUUUGCAUAGAAGGAAGAAGAAGAAGUAACUUGGCUUUCCUUUCUUAACAGAUCUUGACGAAUGCAGCGCUUCACCAUCAUUUUGUCCAAUCAAUGCCGAUUGUGAGAACACUGUGGGCUCUUAUCGCUGUUCCUGCAGACCUGGAUUUCUUGGCAAUGCAACAACCUGUUACCGUAAGGAUAUUUGGAUUUUUAACACAGCCAGACUAACUUGUUAUUUUCAACGCUUCAAUUUCAAUUCACACUUUUUGUGCACAUUUUCCUCUAAAAUCUCACAGAUAUCAUGUUCAUAACCAGAAGCCCGUUACUAAAUAGCACAUUUCAGGCGUAAAUACUUUUUUCUUUUUAAAGGUACUUUGAAUCUCAAAACCGAUGGGAGAAGGGGACGCUUCGGCACCAUACAGACCUUCACUGUUCCACGGACCACUCGCUAUCUCAUCAAAGCCUGGGGAGCUCGGGGAGGAACACAUUCAUACGACUAUGGAUACCUUCCAGGAACAUAUUAUGGUGGAAAGGGAGCGUUUAUAGAAGGCAAGUUCAGACUGAACAAUGGAACAGUGUUAAAUAUUGUGGUGGGACAAAGAGGAGGGGAUUCGGUGGAAGUAAAAGGUGGAAAUAGCACUAAAAAGACAGCAGCUCAACUAGGAGUGUCCGUGGAAGACAAUGCUGGCACUGGAGGAGGGGGAGGAAGUUUUGUUUAUACUGCAGAUAAUGUUUUGUUGCUGGCUGCCGGAGGAGGAGGGGGUGCGUCUGGUGGAUAUAAUGGUGUGGAUGGUCAGGCUGGUUCAAAUGGCACCAGUAGUGUGGGGAAAGAAUCCUCACAAGUUCGAAAUGGAGGCACAGGUGGACAGCCAGGUGAAUGCAACAGUAACGGCAGUAACUACCAUGGAGGAGUGGGUGCCGGUUGGUUUGGUCAAGGUUGUGCCCGACUAGGCACCUCCCAUGGGGAAAGAGGUGGAUCACGUGCUGAAGGCUGGAUUGGAGGUCAAGCCGGAGAUAUGAAUAGUGGUAAUAACGGGGGCCCUGCACCAGGAGCAGUUGGUGGGUUUGGUGGUGGAGGAGGUGGAUCAGAGGAUAAUGGUGCAUCAGGCGGAGGUGGUGGUUACUCUGGGGGAGGUAGUGGUACCAGUUGGAAUCAAGCCGGAGGUGGAGGAGGCUCGUACUGUAAUGGCGAAGAUUGUUCCGGUUUGACUGGUGGGAACUCGAAUGAUAAUGGCCUUGUACAAAUUAUAGAAUUGUAG